AUGCCUUGCGCCCUGCUUCCCCCUUUCCCCUCUCUUCCCUACACCAUGCGUCCCCCUCCCCCUUGUCUACUAAACACCCUUCUUCUCCCUAAUCCGCCUUAUCCCUCUCUGCCGUACUCCCUGCUUCCCCCAUGUCACUCUCUACACUGCACCCGUCCUCCCCCUCUCCCCCCUCCGCCUUACACCUUUCUUCCCCCUUCCCUUCUCUGUCUUAAACCCCUUUCCCCCUCAUACCACUCUGCCUCACUCCCCUUAUCCCACCUUGUCCCUGCCUAUCACCAACCUUAUCCCCUUUCCCUCCCUGCCUCUCACCCUUCCUAUCUCCUUUCCCUCCCUGCCUUACCCCCUUCCUAUCUCCUUUCCCUCCCUGCCUCUCACCAACCCUAUCCCCUUUGCCUCCCUGCCUCUCACCCUUCUUAUCCCCUUUCCCUCCCUCCCUGCCUCUCACCAACCCUAUCCCCUUUCCCUCCCUGCCUCCCACCCUUCUUAUCCCCUUUCCCUCCCUGCCUCUCAACCUUCCUAUCUCCUUUCCCUCCCUGCCUCUCACCAACCCUAUCCCCUUUGCCUCCCUGCCUCUCACCCUUCUUAUCCCCUUACCCUCCCUGCCUCUCACCCUUCUUAUCCCCUUUGCCUCCCUGCCUCUCACCCUUCCUAUCACCUUUCCCUCCCUCCCUGCCUCUCACCAAGCCUAUCCCCUUUCCCUCCCUGCCUCCCACCCUUCUUAUCCCCUUUCCCUCCCUGCCUCUCAACCUUCCUAUCUCCUUUCCCUCCCUGCCUCUCACCAACCCUAUCCCCUUUGCCUCCAUGCCUCUCGCCCUUCUUAUCCCCUUUCCCUCCCUGCCUCUCACCCUUCUUAUCCCCUUACCCUCCCUGCUCCUCACCCUUCUUAUCCCCUUUGCCUCCCUGCCUCUCACCCUUCCUAUCUCCUUUCCCUCCCUGCCUCCCACCCUUCUUAUCCCCUUUCCCUCCCUGCCUCUCACCAACCCUAUCCCCUUUCCCUCCCUCCCCCACCUCCCCACAUCCUUUAUCACCCUUACCCCUAUCCCCUUACACAUUCUCACCCCCUUACACCCCUUGAUCCACCUGUCCCCUCACAACCUUACAUCCAUCUUCCCCCUUUCACUCGCUGCCUGGAACCCUUCUUCUCCCUUUCCUUUCGCCGCCCACACCAAUCUUCCCUGCAUCCCCUCUCUACCAGGCACCCAUCUUCCACCCAUCCCCUCUCUGCCUUACCCCCCUUCUUCCUGUUGUGUCGUGCUGGCAAGGGAAAUAGUGGCCAACGCACGUACUGAACGGAAGAUAACGUCGGGGCGUGACUAG